AUGGCGCCGCCGCCAGUAGCGCAACCGCGCUUCGAGCCCUGCGCCUCAACGGCAUCGCUAUUUCUUUACGCUCAAGGAUCGGCUAUUUUAUGCCUGCACCAUGACACAUUGGCGGUUGAACGGAGGUUUGAGAGUCAUCAAAGAAACGUGGAGUUCAUCUCGGUGGAUAACGUGAGCGAGCGAGGUGCGGGGAGAUUGGUUGUGAGCUAUGAUGCAUCGCAGACCGCAAUUGUGUGGGAUAUUUUCACGGGGAUCGAAAUUGCUCGUUUAGCCUGCCACGAAUAUUUGCGGGUAGCUUCGUGGAUGCACAACGGAAAUGUCGCUUUUGGCAGUGGUAACGGCGAGAUCGUUUUGUUCGAACCGUCGACAUCAAAGCAUGUAUCUGCGCGCACUAUUUUCGAUCCUAUUACAGCUCUGGCUCCUGCGGCAGAUUGUCGUACCUAUGCAAUUGGGUAUCAGAAUGGAUCUAUCUUGAUCGCGAAUCUACUUCCUCAAUUCACUAUUCUUCACACUUUGACUACCUCCCGUGGUCCGUCACCGAUAGUUUCCCUUGCCUGGCAUGCAUCUUCGUCAAAGCAAAAAUCAGAUAUGUUGGCAACACAGUCUUCAAAUGGAGAUUUACGAGUUUGGAGUGUGGCAAAGCCACCAAGCAAAGAAGCACCCCGGGUAAUUAGGGUAUUAAAGCGAUCGGAUUCGAGCUCUUCUGACCCCAAAUGGAUGGGAUGGUCAAAGAAUGGAAGGCUUGUGCAAUAUUUGGAAGGGGAGACUUGGUCUUGGGAUGUCCGAACAAAGCACGUUACGUAUGAUCCAAUUCCGACAAUAGACGGAGUGAGGGGAAUUGCAAACUAUGGCCCAACCGCGACUUUAUUCACCCUCGGUCCUCAGAGCACAGUGCAGCAGUAUGACGUGGAGAAUCCAGCGCUCGUCGCAAAUGUGCAGCAUCUUCCAGUCGUUGCCCGACCGAGUACUGCAGAGGGCAGCCGAUCACAGAAUAUGUCUUUAAGGCGACUGCAAGACCCACCUGAUAUUCGAGAGACCUCCAGUAACAGCAGGCACCAACCAUAUGGCUCAAACGCCAUCGAGAAUGUCCGACAGCGAGCAGAUCUGACCAGCCCUGCAUCGUCACGAAGCCGAACUGAAUCUGUCAGCUCCAAGGCCUCGUCCGGGAAAUACAACACUCGGCCUCUCGCGCCGCCGAGCCAUUCCGGUCAAAGUGCGACGACUUUCUCCCUGACUUCGGGUGGAAAUGACACGCCUUUGGCUUCUGCAUCUUUCGCAUACCCUGCCUCUGUUUCAAUGUCAUCAGUCAAGAGUUCAAAAGCAGGAUCAAGGUUACGGAACGAGGUUCAGCUAAGUCCGGCGGACAAGGGUGGUUUGGAUCUUUUUCCAUUCACUCGGGCUCGCUUGAACGAUGUGCCUUAUAGACAACAGCCCCCUCUUGAUGAAGACCAUCUUACCGCGGACAAUCUACGACAGCGGAUGCUGAGUCUAGUAUUCGGCUGGGAUGGAUCUAUCCAGGAUCUAGUCACCGAUGAAUUGAGCCGCCACGAGCCUAGUAGCCAGAGUGCGAUCUUACUAAAUCGGUGGUGUGGAGAAACUGACACAAACGAAAUGGCUUCUAUGAUCAACCCAGGACAGGUAACGACUUCUGACUGGAUGCUUCUCGCUUUGAGCCAGAUGAGUGGCCAGGCACAAGCAAACAAAGUUGGUCAGGCUUUUGUGCAAAAGCUACUGGAAAUUGGAGAUAUACAUACCUCUGCCGUGAUUCUGCUCGGCCUCGGGGACAGGAACGAUGCAGUUGAGCAACAACUUGCCAUUCGUUGUUUUAUGUGCACGGGAGCGGAGUCAUCCGAGCAGUGGUCAUCACCAUCAGCACAGCAACUUGCAACCUUCGGAGAUAAUGGAGAAAGCUAUUUCCCGAUGUCCCCUGAGUAUCAAAGCAACGACUCAGACCUGAUGCCCGCGCCAAUUCGAUCAAGAUCCACGUCGAAUCCGAAGAUUGCAGCUAAGACACCAUCUUUGAAGCUGAUCACUUCUUUUGGUGCCCCAUCGAACAAUAAUGCCCAGUCAACCGGACGUUCCCGCUUGUUUGCAUUGCAAACCGAUGAUCGCACGCCGACAAAUGCACCAGGAGUCACACCUAUUGCUGAGUCUGCUGUCCCAGAUACGGCAAUGUCUCCCGGUGGCUUUGGGUCAUACAAAUUGAACAAUAUUCAAAGCCUCAAUCAGGCUAUGUCGCGGACUAACACGCCUUCUUUCAACCGCCGCCGACUACCCUCUAUUGGAGAAACCCCCAUAGAUUCGCAACCUUUCACCUUCGCACGGUCAGAUUCAUACAGCCAGAAUGAAUACAGCUCAACAUCAGAGAAUGAAAUGAGCGGACAAGACCAAAGUCAGGACGAAAAGGAGGGUAACAGUGGUCUCCUCACCUUGCCGUCUGCGAAAUAUACACCCGGCAUGGAAUCAUACAAGCCCAGCCCCCAAACCGCUUUGCAAGGAAACCACAAGUUUGCUUCUAUCAAAGGUCUCCCAUCACCAGCCGCAGGAGUGUUUGAAGCACUUACAAUAGACGAUUACCGGAACGGAUCUCGCGAUCGAAAGCCAGACGGGCUUCAGAUCGAACUAUUGGAAAGUGAACAGAAUCACCAAGCUCGCUCUGAUCUGCUUCAGAGUGCCAAAAGCACAGCAUCAACAGCCAACAGCUACGCUUCUGCCAAAAGUCCGAGCGUCAGUGGGCGCAGCAUUGAUCAAUACAUUAGUAGCUUGGAUGAAGCAAAUUAUCAUGCUCGGAAGAUCCGUUCCCAGACGCCCAGCCAUGGAAGACGAGACCCAGACGACGCAGUCGGCCAAAGCUCACACAUUCAUCGGCAUCGAGAUGCAUCCAGGGAUACUCGGGGUAGAAAUGAUCGCCGCUACAUUCAACCCUCAAAGCGCUCACCCUCCUCGCCCGUUCCCAUGUCCCCUGAGGAAUUGGCUAGGUAUGGCACAACGGAAACCAUGGCGCCGAUUGAGCCGCGCAAGGGCAAGUCUCGUGCUCGAAGUGCGAGUAAAUUGAGAGGAACGGAGCCAAGAAGUCGUCAACGAUCUUCUAGUCGCCAUACGGCAAGCAGAGUUGCCCUUGAUAAACACGAUGUCUCGACCCGAGGUCGCAGCGACAAUCGACUUGCAUCUAGCACCCGGUCACCAUCGUCGCCUCUCCCAAUGUCAUUGCCCACGGAAGAGCCGUCACAGGAUCUGAAUAAUCCUCUGAGACUAGUUGAAGGCAACCAGAAGAGGUUGCGUUCACGUCACCGUAGUGCUAGUCGACGCCGUCCGGAGAAGGAAGCAAGUGCAAAGAGAGAUCCAUCUACAGAAUCCAGGCACAAAACUUCGCAGAGUCUUUCUGUGAUUCAACCUGGCCCUUCAGUUGAUCCCUGGACACAGCAAUCUGAGCAAGAGCAGCUAACAAGCAAGGUUUUUGGCCAGCAAGAUAACUUCGAUGCAUACCCCAACGAUCAGCCUAGCUCAAGGGCCAAUGAAUUCCAAGACAUUGCAUCUCCCACGACACCGUUCAUCAGUCUAGCAGAGAAGCGACGCAGAGAUAUUGCCGCUGCUGAACUGGAGGCGAGGAGGAUGUCUCUCGCACGCAACCCAUCGGCACCCAACAUUCCUUUCCCAGGCGAAGCGCAGAGUAUGAAAAGCCCAAUUGAGAGCCCACCACCCUUUUCCAGUGGAAGCGCCUUCUUCCCACGAGUUCCAUCGCGAAAUCAAGUCUCUCCCAGCAAACCAUCGCCCGAUUAUUCAAGCGGCUCUGAUUCAACCUCCCCGCGCUCCGGUAUGCCCGUCGGGCUGCCCGCAACUCCUCGAGCCAUGCGCCAUCCCAAGUACGGAGGCACUGGACAGGACGAACAGCAACCUUCCAUUCCAACCAUCCCAACCAUCCCGGCAGACACCAAUCUCUUUCUCAGCAGCGCGCGGUAUCAAACCGAUACUGAACCAAUCGGACGUUCCAUGUCUGUCCCCGUCCCAGAAGCACCGCACCACUCACCCGCGUUGACCAACGACGUCCCCAUGCAUCCACGAUUCAACCCAUCUCUUCCACGCAGUCGAUCCAGCAGUCGAAGCGGCAAUACAAGCCACCGACGCGCCAGCUCAGGCGGCUACAUCUCCGGCGCCUCUCCGAGUCUCGAAGUAAGCAUCGAAGAGACAAUCGAGAACGCAAUGGAGAGACCCGCAGGCGAGUACGAGUCAAUGCCACCCCCUCCUCCGCCUCCCCCAUUGCUCGCCGAGCUACAACAUCUCAACACUCCUCCUCCCCCGCCGCCCUUAUUCCCAUUCUCCGGUACCCCACUCUCGCCUCGUGAGUCUUCUGCAACGAUCGAUGUCGCCAUUGACAACGAAGAUCUUGGCCAUAUCCUCCCUCGCGCUAUGACAGCUGCUCCGGCUCUGAAUGUCAGCAAUCACAGCCCCGAAUCUCGUUCGUCGGGAAGUCGACGCAUGUCAUUUGACCACCGGCGCAAUCGUAGCUCGAAUGAGAGCUUCACGAACAAGCUGCGCAGUUUGACUCGUAUGCGCAAUAACAGUCGCAGUGUCGAGCCUGAUACUCAGAUGACAGAGGUGGCUCCGUAUGAGAGCUUGCAGCCGCAUGUCUAUGGGUCUAAUUCCAACUAUGUCCUACCGAGUCAGAGCUACGUCUCGCCGGGUCAGAACUUUGUUUGA